AUGUUACCAAUAGUUGGACGAACUGUGGGUUUUAUUUCCACCUUAAUCGGGCUCACCACUAGUGCCAUGUACGAUGGGCACAGCAUGCUUAGAGUUACACCACAGACCAAGCGACAAGAAGAUCAUUUAAGGGACCUGGGUAAACAUCAAGGGGUAUCAUUUAUUGGAGGUGAUCCUCUUGUUGGGGAUCAUUCCCAUGUAAUUGCUUCCCCACAAGUGUUGGAUUUUGUGUUGGAAUCUUUGAAAAAAUUCGAAACUGAGCAUCUUCUAACUAAUCCUGAUGUAGGAAGGUCAGGACUAGAACGAAUGGAGGGAUAUAUCAGUUGGGACGCAUACUACGAUUUGGACUCGAUCAACCAAUACCUGACCGUUCAAAGUGUCGGACAUCCUGACCUCGUGACCCUCACAACGAUCGGAAAAUCGUUCGAGGGAAGGGACUUAUUUCUCCUCAAAAUUAACAAUGGCAGCACCACGAAACCAAUUAUAUGGAUUGAUUCUAAUAUUCAUGCCCGAGAAUGGAUUUCAUCCGCGGUCGGGCUCUAUUUGAUCGAUCAACUCCUGAAUAGCCCAGAUAUUGAGAUUCAAGCUUAUUUGGACGAUUUUAAUUUUCACAUUUUACCCAUGGCUAACCCGGAUGGAUUCGUUUUCUCUCAUUUAACCGUAUAA